CUCAUCAACCUUCAUAGUAAACACAAACAAAACUUGAAAUAAAAAUCUUAUUAUUAUUUACUUACUACUAAAUUUAUUGUGUUUAAUGGAAGGAGUUUCGAAUUCGACAAAUGGGAAUGUUGUUGAUCAGAUAAAGUAUAGAGGAAUUCGUAGGAGGCCAUGGGGAAAAUAUGCAGCAGAGAUUCGUGAUCCGACAAGGAAAGGAACAAGAAUAUGGCUUGGAACAUUUGAUACUGCAGAACAAGCUGCAAGAGCUUAUGAUGCUGCUGCUUUUCAUUUUCGUGGUCAUAGAGCUAUUUUAAACUUCCCUAAUGAAUAUCAAGGUCCCAAUUCAUCAUCUUCUUCAUUACCUAUGCCUCUUACAGUGUCUCAUCCUCAUCCUCCUCCUAAUCAUGAUCAUGAUCAUGAUCCUAAUCCUAAUCUUAAUCCUAAUCCUUCUUCUUCUUCAUCUUUUUCUUCUUACUCUGUUGAUGAUAACUUUGAUUUUGGAUUUUUGGAUAAUAAGUUGCUACAAGAAUUCCUUCAAGAAGGAACACAGUGAUUAAGAAGCUACUGUUGAAGAAUAUCAAAUGGCAUGCAAUCUGUGGUUUAGUAAAUUUCUUUUUAUUAAAUUAUUUGGGAUUGUUUAUGUAAGUUAUUCUUAUAAUUAAUGAGAUUGCGUAUUUUGGAUGUUUAUAAUAAUUGUAAGAAUUUAAUUGAGAUUGAGAAAGAAGAGAGAUGGAUAUUUUUCUUGUUUUAUUAUGGGGGCUUUCAUUUGCUUGGCUUUGAUAUCAAAUGACUUGUAAUAAAAACUCUUUUGCACACACUAGUUGAAAGAAGAGAAA